CUGGACGGCGUCAGUAUGCAGGUAUCAGAACGUGAUGGUGGAGUGUCCACAGGGAAUGGAUUAGACAGCGUGACAGCAUCUGAUGCCCAACAAGUUUCGCCCUCUCACCCUAAGCCUCCUUCCUUGGACCUCUUUAAUCUGGUAGUAUCUUAUAAGCAACUAGAGCUGUACCUGGAACCACUGCAGGAUGUUGCUGAAGGAGUGUGGUUCCUCCUCAGCUGGCAGAUGCCCUUCUGCUCUCUCCUUACUUGUUUGGGCGUCAACUUUCUGCUGCUUACUCUGAGUGAAGCUGCUUGGUAUGGGCUGUGUGCCCUGCUAAUCUCAGUGCCUGCCAUGCUCGGCUAUCUACAGGAAACAUGCCGUAUCCGUCUUACUGAAGAGCAGCUGGCACGCCGUAGGUAUCACAGUGUGCGGCGAGAAGAUGUGAGAAAAGUUCAACUUUCUCGAAAUGAGGCUGUGGCUGAAGUUAAAGGCUUCCUGAUCCGAUUAGAAGCCCUCCUGAACAGGCUCUGUGGUGGCUGUGAAGCAGCUUACCGCGUCUUCUUCUGGGAGAACCGUACUGUCUCCUCCCAGUUUUAUGGGAUGCUGAUGGGUUCAGUUUGUGCCCUUUACCUGCUGCCCCUCUGCUGGAUCUUUGUUCUUCUUAAUAGUGCCGUUUUCUUUCGAAAUGUGGCAUUUUAUCAAGUAAUGCUGGACCUAAAGUCAGCUGUAGAGCAGCGCUUGGGCUUCAAAUCCAUCCCUGUGGCUCCAGAGCCGGAAGAGCUGGAUCUUGGAGAAGUGGAAGCUACUGUCUUGGCAGACUGGACACCUACCCUGACUGGGACUGAGGACCUAACUCCUGGUAGUGUGGAGGAAGCAGAGGAAGCAGAACCUGAUGAUGAAUUCAAGGAUGCAAUUGAG